CCAUUGCUACAAUUUACUUCAAUAAAAUAGUCGAUGUUUAUUUAACGUCAUAAAGAGAACUCUUGUCGUGAAGAAUGACAAAAAUUUUAACAUUUUGUUAACGGAGACGAACAAGUACAGUGUAUUUUUAUAUAUCCACUGUUUUUUAGAUACGCUGUUAAACGGCUGGAAUAUAGAGUGAGAUCAAAUGAGAUGACAACGAUUAAUUUCACGAAGAAAAUCUUUUCCGAAACGGAAUACCGUAAGAGUUAAUUUUUCUUAGCCAUUUACAUGUCCGCGCUUGCAUUUGAGAUAAAGUUAACGAAAUGCUUAAGAAGAUAAAAUUUUCAGAUCUUCGUCAUCAAAAAGAUGCGAAGACGAAAAGUUGACGAAGCGACGUCGCCUUGUGCAAGAAGCUCUUUUAUCAAGUUACAGGCUGGUUCAUGGACUAGCCGAAGGAGAUCGAUGCGUCUCCUUUCAAUGCUACACUAAACCCAGAUUCUUCCUUUGUAAUGAAGAUAACAAUCUUAUCAUCGAGAGAUACAGAGAUUCAAAGGAUUAUAAGAGCGACGCGACUUUCGUAAUCAUGAAGAAUAUGUGGUUUUCAGACUAUUUUGCGUUCCAAAGUUACACGAACCCAGGAUGGUUUAUCAAAAGAGACUCGCAAGGCCUCGUGUUGCAGCGAUAUGAUGGUAGCAACUUCUUCAAGGAAAACGCCAGCUUUAAGCUCGCCAGGAAGAAAAGUCGUGAAUGGAGGUCGGAUCCCAUUGCAAAAGGCAGCAGAAUCUGGGUACGAAUCAAUAACAUGUGCUUUACACGUGGAGUGAUAGACAAGACAGGAGGGGAACUUCAUGUAAUCACAUUGAAAGGAACGAUUGUCAAAUGUCCAAGAAAUAUACCAGGAUCACUUGCCGUUGAUAAGAUUCCUAGCUCGAAAGACAUUAAAACUGGUAGCAAGGUUGUAGCACAAUGGCGAGAUCGUGAUGAACCUUAUUAUCUCGCGACAGUGCAAGGAAGACUGGGACUUAAUACAUAUUUUUUGCUGUAUGAUGACGGUGACGAAGCUUACUGCGACUUAAAAAACAUUCGACUCUUGUUGAGCAGUCAAUCAGACGCAAAGACAACUCGACAUUCCUGGGCAUCGCUGGAGGAUAUCCCUCGAUUGAGUUUCGGCAUGUUACACGAUAAUAGCAUUUAUUUUCAACAAGAGAAGAACGAAAGAAGAUUUGAAAAAAUGCACAUCAAUCGCAAGAUCAGUGCGAGCGAUUCACAUUUGGAAAUGCGGACCAACCUUGAGCAAAGAAAAGUGCAAUUCUCAUCUGGUCACGGUUUUGCUAACGGUUGUUUAUCGCGACAGAAUCACAAGAAUAAUUCAAGUUGUGUAGAAAGUACAAAAAUGAGUGAAAGGCAAAGUGACGUGAAUAAUCCAGUUUUUGUAGAGAGUACAAGAACGAGCGGUAGACAUUUCAGUAUUGAAACGUCGCCUGAAAAACGUCAAAGAGAGAACAGUCUUUAUAGCUUAGAGCACAUUGUACGAUGACAUGGGAAUCACAGUGACUCUAAAGGAUAGACGGGAAUAGAUACAAAAAAACAAACAAAACGCGCAUUAGAAUAUGAAGUGCAACAUGUACGAUAAAGUGGGGAUCACAUUGACUUUAUAGGAUAGAUGGGAAUAGAUACAAAAAACAAAGCGUGCAUUAGGGUAAUAUUAGGGAUAAAAUGACCAUAAUAUGAGAAUCGCAUUGAUCUUAUUGGAUAGAUGGGGAUAUUUGCAAAGAACCAACAGGGAGCCUUAGGGUGAUAUGAAGGACACUUGAAGUACUUAAUUGAGAACUAAAUGACUAGAUAAAGAUGGAGGUGAGAUUGUUUGUAAAAAUUUCGUAAGUACUUAAUAACGAUAAUUUAUGUGAGAUAUUUAUUGUUGUGCUUGAAAAAAUCGUGGAAUUUUCUUUAAAGUUCUUAA